AUGCUUCAACCCUCUUUUGAAGCCUCUGUUGUUCUUUCAGAAGUCUUAUCACUAAGGAUCCAAGUGAAUGACCAAAUUGUGGAAGUUGAUGGCAUCAGUCUGGUUGGUGUUACACAAAAUUUUGCUGCAACUGUUCUUAGAAACACCAAAGGGAAAGUCAGGUUUGUAAUUGGACGAGAAAAACCAGGACAAGUGAGUGAGGUUGCACAGCUGAUUAGCCAAACUCUAGAACAAGAACGCCGCCAGAGAGAGCUGCUGGAGCAGCAUUAUGCACAGUAUGAUGCAGAUGAUGAUGAGACAGGGGAAUAUGCUACAGAUGAAGAAGAUGAAGACAUGGGACCUGUCCUUCCAGGAGGUGACAUGGCUAUUGAAGUGUUCGAUCUCCCUGAAAAUGAUGACAUGUUCUCCCCCAGUGAUGUGGACACCAGCAAGCUUGCUCACAAAUUCAAAGAGUUGCAAAUCAAACAUGCAGUUACAGAAGCUGAAAUUCAGAAGCUGAAGACGAAGCUGCAGGCUGCUGAAAAUGAGAAGGUGAGGUGGGAAUUGGAGAAGACCCAACUCCAGCAGAACAUUGAGGAGAAUAAGGAAAGGAUGAUGAAAUUAGAGAGUUAUUGGAUUGAGGCACAAACCCUGUGUCACACGGUGAAUGAGCACCUCAAGGAGACGCAAAGCCAGUAUCAGGCUCUGGAGAAGAAAUAUAACAAGGCAAAGAAAUUAAUCAAGGAUUUUCAGCAAAAAGAACUUGACUUCAUCAAACGCCAGGAAGCUGAACGAAAGAAAAUAGAAGAUUUGGAGAAAGCACACCUUGCAGAGGUUCAAGGCUUACAAGCUCGUAUACGAGACUUGGAAACAGAAGUUUUCAGGCUAAUGAAGCAAAAUGGGAGCCAGGUUAACAAUAACAACAACAUUUUUGAAAGGCAGACAUCUUUCGGAGAAGUUUCCAGAGGAGAUCCAGUGGAAAAUCUAGAUACUAAGCAAGUGUCCUGCCUGGAUGGCUUAAGUCAAGAUUUCAAUGAAGCAGUGCCAGAAACAGAGAGACUGGACUCCAAAGCUCUGAAGACUCGAGCUCAGCUUUCAGUGAAGAACAAGCGGCAGAGGCCUUCUAGAACAAGGCUGUAUGAUAGCAUCAGUUCUACUGAUGGAGAGGACAGCCUUGAACGAAAGCUGUCAAACAGUUACAGUAGUCCCAUGCACAUUUCAAAAUCACCACUGCCCUUAUGCAUGAGAGCAUCCUCACCAGCAUCAGAUUCUGGUGCUUCCUCUCUCUCCCCUGUGGCUAGCAGUGCAGCAAUCUCACUUGACAACUUAACUGAAAACCAAGAAGAAGGACAACACCACAAAGGAGGUGUCCUUUCCCUGCAUGCUCGGGGAGACACUCCACUUUCCUCUCCUUCAAAAUCUGGGCACAGCUCUGAAGCAUCUCCUUUGAAUCACCCAGCUGGCAGGAAUAUUUUACAGGAUAAAGAUGGUGCCACAUGUGCUCAGGCAGCAAGAACAACUAGCCCUACUGUAGGGCAUACAGAAAAACUAAAGCGAAAACUUGCAGAUCUUGGGGCUCCCUUGAGAAGGAGUUCAAACAAGGGCAAGAAGCGGAAAGAGAAAGAAGCUAUGAGGGUGAUCUGUGGCAGUAGGACCGCCAGAGAGAUGCUGCAGAAAUCAGCAAACACUAAAUCUUUAUCAGAGCGAUCCUCCUCUCUCCCACACUGUGUACCAUUCACAUGGUAUGGAGAGAGUGGCAAGGGAUCCAAUUCUUCUAGCAACCUGCCAUCGCCCACCAGCUCAACUGAACCUUCUUCUGAAAAUAUAAGUCCAGCUAAAAAAGGGUCGAAGAAUUUCACGUUCAAUGAUGAUUUCAGUCCCAGCAGCACAAGUUCAGCUGAUCUGAGCGGUUUAGGAGCAGAACCUAAAACCCCAGGUUUCUCACACUCCUUAGCACUGUCAUCAGAUGAGAGCCUGGAUAUGAUUGAUGAUGAGAUCCUUGACGAUGGACAGUCUCCUAAGCACAGUCAGUGUCAGAGUCGUGCUGUUCAGGAGUGGAGCGUGCAGCAGGUUUCCCACUGGUUAAUGAGCCUGAACCUUGAACAGUAUGUUUCUGAAUUCACUGCCCAAAAUAUUAAUGGGGAGCAUCUCCUUCAGCUGGAUGGGAGUAAGCUCAAGGCUCUUGGUAUGACAUCUUCCCAGGACAGAGCAAUCAUUAAAAAAAAGCUAAAGGAAAUGAAAACAUCCUUGGAGAAAGCUCGCAAAGCUCAAGAGAAAAUGGAAAAGCAAAGGGAAAAGCUUAGGAAGAAGGAACAAGAGCAACUGCAGAGGAAAUCGAAGAAAACAGACAAAUCUUCAUCAGAUGCAACAGAGGGCACUAAUGAGCAGUGAUAAGCAGAAGUGCUGCUGGAAAGUGGAGGCACUUCAAGGGAAGAGAAGCUCAUAUCCACUCUGGUGCCCCUUCAGCUUUCUUGUAUUCAUGACACAAGAGUGUGUACGGAGAAAUGGGGCUAUACAUAGAAUGACUAGGAAGAGUUAUAUUGUGUAGUUUUAUUUUCCUGCAUAUCCAGUUCACGCUCGUUGCUGUUGCCAUGUGAAACAACCCCAGCCCCUCAGUUUGUUUUGUUGUUGUUGACAGCUAACAGAUUUCAUAUUUGUGUGGUGGUGUUUCCUUCCAAACUACUCUUCUCUAUUGAGCUCUGUAUGUUUGGUCACUUGAGUAACCAGCAUGAUGCUGAGGAGCAUGGUCCAGUGCUUCACCUCUUCUGAAUAGGAUGGACAGUCAAAAUGAUUGGUGAACAUUUCUUCAGCUGGGUAAAAGGAGUUGUACUCUGUCUGAUAAGGGUUGACUUAACUUUCUAACUGGAAGUUCAGCUUCUUUACGGUGUUUGGAUACUCAGUUCCGUCUACUGGAGUAAGUUUCAUCUUGCGUCAGUACCUUGAAGCAACACUGCUCUGGAAACACAACUAUUCAGUGACGUCUUAUUAUACACUGGAGAUAAAGACAGGAGAGUCAAUAUUCCCCCUGGGUAAAAGACAGGAGGUGAAACUCUUUCUGUUAACUGUACAAUAGUUAAUCCAGGAAGGAGGCAAAGCCUUAAAUGAUUACGUGGGUUUACACGGAAAUCUGAGGAUAACAUUUAUCCUUUGGAUAUCUGAGCAAGGAUGAAUUUCUAACUAGAGCACAGCGUAUAGAUCUGUAUAAAUUUAAUUGUGCUCCCAAUGUGUAGGCAACUUUCUUGUAGCACACUCUGCUUUCUUUUUCACGUGUUUUGAACAAGAAACUGGGCUUAUUUGGUUUUGGGGGGGUUUUUUCCGAGAAAAACACCACAACUUCAGAUUCAUUCUCCAGAAGGCAUCGGGAGAAUAAGCUUUGUGCUGUGCUGUUACGAAGCUGUUGUUGGAAGUUAUUAUCAAACUUGAGUCUGCUGAAGAUUUUCAUUUUUUACAGAAGUGCACUUUAAGAAGAGGAAGACGAGGGAUUCUGCUUAAAAUUAAAUUCAGUAUGUUGCUGU